AUCUGUACUAAAUCGCGUCCUUUGUAUUUUUAUUCCCAUAAACCCUAUAACUUUCCCCUUUGAACUAUCUUCUUCUUCUUCUUCAUCUCUCUCUCUCUCUCUCUGAUCUCUAUCUGUGAUUCUCUGCCAUGGAAGAUGAUGGGACGAUAUGCAACACAAGGCUGAGUCUAGGGCUUGGAAUAGGAGGCUAUGUGAUGCCAUUAAAGGAAGAGAAGUUUGAAGAAGCCAUUGUCCAUAAUCAUGAUCAGAGAGAUUUGAUCAGUUUGAAGACCAGAAUCGAUGAAGAAGAAGAUGAAAAGAGCGAUCAUAGGAAUAGUUGCAGAAAGAAAUUGAGACUCACCCAGGAACAAUCCGCCAUGCUUGAAGAUAGCUUUAAGCUCCACAGCUCUCUCAACCCACUCCAGAAACAAGAACUUGCUCAUCGACUGAAUCUGAAGCCCAGACAGAUCGAAGUUUGGUUUCAAAACAGAAGAGCAAGGAAAAAGUUGAAGCAGACGGAGGUGGACUGCGAGCUUCUGAGAAAGUGCUGCGAAAACCUAAGAAACGAGAACAGAAGGUUGAAGAAAGAAGUUGAAGAACUACGAGCCCUCAAAAAUGGCACUGUUCAACUUUCUAGAGCUCUUUGUUCCUCUUGUGAGAAGCCAUUAAUCAAAGGCCAUUAAUAAUUAACUGAGCAAUGAUCGGUAUGAUUGAUCUUCAACAACAACAAGAAGACUGACAUCAGAAUACACCUAGUGGCAUUGUUUCUGAAACUUAGUGGUCCCAGAAACUGCACAGUACAGUAGUGGGGGGUAGAGAUAGAGCCAUAGCCAUAGACAAAGAUAUAGAGAUGAUGAUGAUAUCAAUAUAUGUUUGGAUUUGGAUACAUAUAUAAAUAUAUAUAUAUAGGAAAUACUUUUAGUUAUCAAUAUUGUUUACCUUUUACUGCAAAUACAGAUUUAAUAAAUUAACAUUUUUCAUGUCAUAUACAGUCA